AUGAGUACCGAAACUACAACCGAAAAGAACCUGUCAUUUGUGCUCUCGGGCAUCCACCAGGUUUCCUUUGAAGACCGCCCUGUUCCCGAAUUGAAAGAUCCUCAUGAUGUUCUCAUAAACGUUAAAUUCACCGGUAUCUGUGGCAGUGAUGUACACUACUGGGACCAUGGUGCCAUUGGCAACUUUGUUCUGAAAGAUCCAAUGGUACUGGGACACGAAUCAUCAGGCGUCGUCGCUAAAGUAGGAUCCGAAGUCACAUCGCUGAAGGUGGGCGACCAUGUCGCUAUGGAGCCGGGCAUUCCAUGUCGCAGAUGUGAGCCUUGCAAGAGUGGAAAGUAUAAUCUCUGCGUUGCCAUGGCCUUCGCGGCGACGCCCCCCUACAAUGGCACACUGGCGAGGUAUUAUGUCCUUCCUGAAGACUUCUGCUAUAAGCUUCCUAGCACUGUGUCUUUAGAGGAGGGAGCUAUCAUGGAGCCCCUAGGUGUCGCUGUUCACAUUGUGAAGCAAGGAGAGGUUUCUCCUGGACAGACCGUAGUGGUUUCUGGUGCUGGACCUGUUGGCUUAUUAUGCUGUGCUGUUGCCAGGGCUUUUGGUGCUUCCAAAGUCAUUGCUGUCGAUAUCCAGCCUUCAAGGUUGGAAUUUGCGAAGACAUAUGCAGCAACGUCGGUUUUUGAACCAUCCAAGACAGCAACUCCAGAACAGAAUGCAGACCGGUUGAAGGAAGAAAAUGAUAUCCCGCUUGGCGCUGACGUUGUCAUUGAUGCUUCCGGCGCGGAACCCUCUAUUGCAACUGGCAUCCAUGCUACCAGAAAUGGUGGUGUCUAUGUGCAGGGCGGAAUGGGCAGAAGCGAGAUUACAUUCCCUAUCAUGGCCGCUUGCCAGAAGGAGUUGACCGUCAGGGGCAGCUUCCGGUAUGGUAGUGGAGACUAUAAGCUUGCGGUCGACUUUGUCUCGUCGGGUAGGGUCGAUGCAAAAUCGUUGAUAACAGGCGUUGUCAAGUUUGAGGAGGCCGAGCAAGCUUUCAAAGAAGUUAAGGCUGGAAAGGGCAUUAAAACCCUCAUUGCCGGUCAGGAAUAA